AAGAUACGUUGGUUGUUUCCGUAGCAUAUGGCAUAUGGUAUAUUGUUUCAUUUUAUAUAGUUAGCCAAUGAAUUCGCCAAUGUAGUUAAUUAUACACUUACUUAUGUACGUGCGAUGUAGUGCACCCAUAUUCGUUGGAAGCCAUACAAGUUGAUCUUUGCUGUUCCAUAUGCAUUUGCAUAGCUUUUUGCAUGUUACCAACACACCAACUAUGAAUGUAUUUUAGAUAUUUGAACCUUUUUGGAAAAUAUUUUACGCAACGGAAAACGAAACAACAUUUUUCAAUGACAAUAUCUAAAUAUCUUAUGCGAUAUACAUGUAAUACACACAUUAUAUUAUAAUCACAACUUUGUCGGCCAAACGGACACGUCGUGGAACCAAGAUCCCAGCUUCCAUGGGACUCCGUGCACCUUUGGAUAUUGGCGCCACCUUAUCGAUAUUGAUGUGCUUUGUUGACCCAUAUCUACUGUAUUUAAACGAGUGUGCAUUGAUAUUAAAAUCAAAUUGUUUGUUUUCCACACCAAAAUGUUUGCUAUUUCGAGAAGCCUCCGGUUGAGCCGCUGCCUUUCGGCCUUCGGACGCGGUCUGAGCGCGUCCAGUUCGCCUGGACCGCGCACCCUAGUCGCCAUCGACUUCGACAGAACCAUCGUGGAGCAGGACUCCUAUUUGGCGGUGAGCCAGCUACUGCCGACCAGUCAGCGCAAGGAGCUGCAGGACCAGAUCCCCAAGUGCGGCUGGCUGAGUUUCAUAAGCCGAGUGUUGCAGCGCCUGCAUGGCGAGCACAAGGUGAACUCCGCGUCGGUGGGCAAGCGUGUGCGCAGUCUCACAGCCGUGCCUGGAAUGCUGCGGGUGGUGCGCCGGUUGGCCAGGAUGCCUGAGCUCGAACUGUGCAUCGUCAGCGACGCCAACUCCUUCUUCAUCGGCGAGUGGCUGGAGGCGUACGCCAUUGAGUGCCUCUUUGCCGGCGGCGUGUUCACCAAUCCCGCCUGCGUCCAGGCGAGCGGCGAGGUGCUGGUGCUGCCCUACCAGGAGCAGACUGACUGCGAUCUCUGCCCCUCCAACAUGUGCAAGGGCUCCGUGAUGGAGGAGCUGACGUGCAGCGGGCGAUACGAGCGCGUGAUCUAUGUGGGCGAUAGUUGCAACGAUCUGUGCGCCAUGAAGCGGCUGCGGCAAAUGGACGUGGCCUGCGUCCGGCGCGGAUUCGAGCUGCACGGAAAGAUGACCGCCCAUGGCCAGGAACUGGCCUGCUCCGUGCUCACAUGGCGCGACGGCCACGAGCUGGAGGAGCUCCUGAUGCCCAAAAUCGUGGCGUCGAGUUUGUGGUAAGGCCAGGUUAUUAAUGCUGCUGUUUUAUUCGACUUAAAAAUAAAUCUUUCAGUAUGUAUACAUAAGAAUAAUUCCACUUAAUAUGAAGGACUUAAGAUUUACUUUCCGCGGAAAGUGGAUUACCCACCAGCUCUCUCCAGCCGAGGUCUGCAGCUGGGCCCGUCUGUGGAUCCACUUUGUCCUAAGUAGACCGAAAACUUAGAGCUACCUAUCCUGCGGCGGUAUUAGAACUGUUGCCUAACAAUAUUUCACACAUGGUUCUUCCACACUUCCACUUCCACAUCCUGCUACCUAAUCCUCGCUAGCCACAUCUGUAUCUGCUCUUGUGCUUCAAUCUUAUAGCUAUAGCUAGUAUAUCUAUAUAUAUAUAUAUUUAUAUAUAUAUGUGUUUGCUUGUUUGUGUGUGUGUGGUGUGUGUGGGUCCGAGUGUUGGGUUAUGUGUUAGCAUAAAUUACAUUUAUAAUACAUUCUUAGCCAUACGAUUGCGGAGUGGCACCCGGCUCCCGGCUCCCCGAUCCUCGAUCCUCCGCCGAGCCAAGUCCCUUCCCCGCUUACGAAUCUACCGAAACUAAUCUAAACUAAACGAAACGAAAAAAAAAAA